AUGGCACACCGAAUAUUAACCCAGAUCGUGCUCGUCGGCAGCCGAGUGGUCGGCCGUGCCUUUGUCGAAGCCUAUCGGCAAGCGCAAGCCUCGGCAAAGUACGCAAAGGCAGCUCAGAACGGACAGGUCUCGGGCAAUGGCAGCGCAGCGUUGGGAGGUCGUGGGGGGCUUACCGUCGACGAGGCGUAUAAGAUUUUGAGUGUCAAGCCCGCCGCCGAGGGUCCGUCAAUGGAGGCUGUUGCCGAGCGCUACAAGAUCCUGUUCGAGCGAAAUGAUCCGAAGAAGGGCGGAAGUUUCUACCUGCAGUCGAAAAUUUAUCGAGCAAGAGAGCGGUUAGAGGCCGAGGCGAAGAGGGCGGCGGGGAAAGCUAAGCAGGGGGAAGCAGCGGCUUCAGCACCACCAUAA